GUGGUUUUAGUGUUUGGAUCAAAACCACCAACAGAGAAAGACAGUCAAAACAGAGUUUGAGGAAAUAAAGCUACUGACUCAUGUGUUUCAGUGUGUGUGUGUACGCUGCAGGCUUGUGUGUGUGUGUGUGUGUGUGUGUGUGUGUGUGUGUGUGUGUGUGUGUGUGUGUGUGUGUGUGUGUGUGUGUGUGUGUGUGAUCAAUGUAAUAACUGCAGGAUGGACUUUAUUCAACAUAACUAAAAAGACGGAACAGACAGACAAGACGUCCCUGUUCUAUGCUGAUCAAAAACACUGGGUUCCUGAGGAUGAUGUCAGGGUUUUCACUGUCUGCGGUGUGUGUGGCGGUGCUCCUUUCCUUGGGGCGAUGCCAGAACAGAUGCUUGGUCCAGGACGGAACACCAGGAGCGCAAGGAACUCCAGGCCGGGAUGGGCGACAAGGAGCAAAGGGAGAAAAAGGAGAGCCAGCACUGCAGCUGGAUGCGAGGUUGCCCCAUGGACUGAAAGGGACGAAAGGGAGCCGGGGGAUUCCCGGGGACAUGGGGCCUAAAGGCUUAAGUGGAGACCUGGGACCUGAGGGUCCCUCUGGGCCCCCUGGCCCCCCUGGCCCCGCAGGGAGAGGCGGGGACCAAUCCCAUCAACACCGCGCGGCCUUCUCCGUGUCCCGGACAGACAUCUCCUACCCCCCCUACAAACGAACCCUGACCUAUAACUCCGCCAUCACCAGCAGCAACCUGAUCAAUUUGAACUCUGGAAUCUUCACCUGCAGCAUACCUGGAGUCUACUACUUCGUCUUCCACUCAGAGGCCAAGGUGGGCAUGUGUCUGUAUCUGAAAAGUGACGCCCUGGGAGAGAGGAUGCUGGGUUUCUGUGACUACAACAACAGAGCCACUACCCAGGUUCUGUCAGGAGGUGUGGUGUUGGACCUAUCACGCGGCAACAAGGUGUGGCUGGAGCCGUUUAAAGACGAGCAGCCGGAGAAUGUGAAGGAUGACAAGAAGGACAAGAAGAUCCUGUUCAACGGCUUCCUGCUCUUCCCCACCGGGAAGUGAUGUCACAAUGCCAUGCAGUGACCUCGUCACAUGAGCUGUCCCUGGGAACCAACCAUUACUAACACUGUUCUAUACUGAUCUAUACUGUUCUAUACUGAUCUAUAAUGUUCCAUACAGUUCUAUACUUUUCUAUACUGAUCAUCUAUACUGUUCUAUACUGAUCGACACUUUUCUAUUCUGUUCUAUACGGAUCUUCACUUUUCUAUACUGAUCUAUACUGUUCUAUACCGAUCUAUACUGAUCUAUACUGUUCUAUACUGAUCUAUACUGUUCUAUACCGAUCUAUACUGAUCUAUAUGGUUCUAUACUGUUCUAUACUAAUCAAUACGGUUCUAUACUGAUCUAUACUGUUCUAUACUGAUCUAUACUGAUCUAUACCAACCCUGCCAUUAUUGAUAUAAAAUACAGUGCCAAGUGAAAGUCACACACACCUGGCAGUCUUUACUUUUUGAUGCUUUAAAUCUCAAAAGGGAUUACAUGUGAUGUUUUUCUUUAAUCUACACAUCCACUCCACAUUUUAAAGAAAUUAUACAACAUUUUCCAAAUGAAUAAUAAAAAUACAAUUUAAAAUGAA